UUUAUACAUCGAAUGCGCCUUCGAUAUUAAUCGAUACUGCCUAUUUCAGGCGGAUGUCGGAUCGCCGUGUUUUUGUUAGGUUAGGAAAUCGUCAAUUUCUCAAGAUCAGUGUACACGUUUAUUAAAUGCGAUUUUACUAUUAAAAGAUUGUUUAAAGACGAAUCACUAACACGGGUAUGGCUGGGAAGCAAGGAAAAGAUUUGGCGUUGUCUAUGUUGAGGGUGUUACCUAGAUUGUCAUUAGCGAACAUCCGAGAUAAUCCUGAGGCCAAAAAGUCAAAGAAACGUGGUAGAGGUCAACAUGGUGGUAAUAAGCAUGGUGCUGGAAACAAGGGCUCUGGCCAAAGACAGAAUUAUAUGCGUGUAGGUUACGAAACUGGGAAUACCCCAUUUUAUCUAAGGUUCGGCUAUGAGCCUUACUACAAGGGACAUCACUUAAGACGAGAAUAUCCACCUCUCUCUUUAAAAACACUGCAGUCAUAUAUUGACACAAAUCGAUUGGAUAUCAGUAAACCAGUCGAUCUCAUAUCAUUGAUAAACACUGGUCUAUACAAUAUAAAUGUGCAUUGGAAACAUGCCGGAGUUCAUUUGACAGAUGAGGGAGCACAUUGCUUUAAAGCAAAAUUAAACAUAGAGGUGCAGUGGGCAAGUGAGCCUGUAAUCGCCGCGAUUGAAAGAAAUGGUGGUGUAAUUACAACCGCAUACUACGAUCCAAACUGCCUUCACGCUAUGUGCGAUACAGAACAAUUUUUCAAAAGAGGUGAACCGAUACCACGUAGGUUACUGCCGCCGACAGAUUGCUUAGAAUAUUAUUCCAGUGCUGCUAUGAGGGGAUACUUGGCCGAUCCUGAGAAGAUUUCUCAGGAACGGCUGGUGCUGGCACAGAAGUAUGGUUAUGAAUUACCAAAAAUCGAGGAUGAUCCUAAUUACGAGAUGUUGUGCGAGCGCAAAGAUCCGCGGCAAUUGUUUUGCGGUUUAGAACCAGGCUGGGUGAUCAGUCUGCAAGAUAAAAUGAUACUGAAACCGAAGGCCGAUUAUUUGAAAGAGUUUUAUGCGAGCUGAGACAAAGGACAAAAAUGCGUACAAGCGAUGUGAAUAAAUUAGAUAUAAUAAAUAAUACUUAUGUCGAUA